GGUAGGCACUACACUACUUUAGUAUCGACUGGGCUAAGCUGGCAGUAUUACGCGUAUAUUGAGUGUGACAAAUGACAAUACUAAAAGUGAAGUUAUUUGAGUGGAUAUUAAAAUGAUCAUUCAAUUAUAAACUGUAUGCGAUAGAUUUUGUGGUUGAUUUCGGUAUUGCUUGUUGUAGGCAGUUGUGACGAACGUCAGACAAAGUGAAAGUGUUGUGUUACUCAGCUGAUCGAGCCAAAAAUGGUGAAAACUAACAGGAACUUGUAUAAAUGGAGCUGUAACAAUAAGGCUGCAGUAUGCCUGGGAGUACUAUGCUUAUGUUUCUUUAUAACCACGGUAGUGCUCUCGACAAAGCCUUGCGGGGAAGGAAAAAUACAAUUUAAACCCAAUACGUGGAAACAUACGGCAUUGCGAUCAGAACUUGUUAGGGCCAAGAAGAAGUUCCGACUGCCGAAAAACGUAGUGCCUGUAAACUACAAUUUAACUUUAUGGCCUCAGUUAGCCUCAAAUAAUUUCACAGGCUUAGUUAAGAUUCAUGUGAAAGUGGUUAAGCCGACGAAAGAUAUCUACAUCCAUGCUGCGCCGUCACUAAGAAUAAACUCUUUUAUUCUUAAAGAUGGACUCAAAACCAUUGAAAAAUCUACAAAUAUAGCGCCAAAUGAAAGUGAAGUGCUAUCAAUUAAUGUUAAACAUCAACUUACACAAGGGAAAUAUACAAUAACACUGGACUUUUCUGGGGCACUAAAUGGAUUAGUUGGAUUUUAUGCCAGCAAAUUAAAGAAUGGAAGGACCAUGGUUGCCAGUAAGUUUGAGCCUACAUAUGCCCGGCAAGCAUUCCCAUGCUUUGAUGAGCCGGAGUUCAAGGCAACCUUUGAUAUUGCACUGGUAAAACCAAAAGGAUACACUGCCCUGUCUAAUAUGAAUGAAAUUUCAUCAGUACAUGACAGCAAAACUAAUACAGAUGUGGUAUCCUUUGCUAGAAGUGUACCAAUGUCUACAUACUUGGCAUGUUUCGUUCUUUGCGAAUUUGAUUUUAAAGAAACAGAAAUAAACACAAAUGGCAUUGGAGAUCCGUUUACUCUAAGAUCUUAUGCUCGUAAAGGGGAAACUCAGAAGAUUGACUUUGCCCAAAGCAUUGGCCAGAGAGCAACAGAGUUCUACAUAAAGUAUUAUGAAGUUCCUUUCCCAUUACCUAAACUUGACAUGAUCGCGAUUCCCGAGUACCAAUCCGGCGCCACCGAGCACUGGGGCCUGAUCACCUACAGAGAGACCUCGUUCCUCAUCGAUGACGCCACUGCGUCCACACAGAACAGGAUCAGUGUUGCCAACACUAUCGUUCAUGAACUUGCUCACAUGUGGUUUGGGAAUCUGGUGACAAUGAAAUGGUGGGAUGACCUGUGGCUGAACGAAGGUUUCGCCACCUACAUGCAAGUGAAGGCAUUAGACGCUAUUGAGCCAUCCUGGACCAUGCUGGACCAGUUCCUCACGAAGACGAUGCACUCCGUGCUGGUGUCGGACGCGAAGCUGGCGAGCCACGCCAUCGUGCAGACCGUGGAGACGCCCGACGAGAUCACCGCCAUCUUCGACGCCAUCUCUUAUAACAAGGGUUCAUCCGUGCUACGUAUGCUGGAAGGCUUCGUAGGAGAGGAGAACUUCCGUCGUGGAGUGUCCGACUACCUGAAGCGAUACAAAUACGGCAACACCGUGACGCAAGACUUGCUCGCCUCACUCGAGCCUUACUUCAAGAAGGACCACCCGGAUUUGAAUCUUACGCUGAUAAUGGACACAUGGACGCGCCAGACGGGCUACCCGGUGUUGACGGUGAGGCCGGGGGACAAACACACGCUGGUGGUGAGCCAGGCACGGUUCCUGCUCGACCGCAGCGCCACCUACAACACACGAGACAACCAGUUUCAAUACCGAUGGUUCGUGCCUAUUACGUACAAGACGAACCAGGGUACAAGCAAACGCAUAGUGUGGUUCCCGAAUGAAGAGAGCGAGGUGACAAUAACCCUGAGCCCCGGCGACUCGUGGUGCAAGUUGAACAACAACCAGGUGGGCUACUACCGCGUCAGCUACACGGAGGAGAUGUGGGGACAACUCAUCCAGCAACUGAAGGACAAGUCUGAACAGCUGACGCUAUCGGACCGGGCGCAUCUCAUAAACGACGUGUUCGCGCUCGCCACUGCAGAAUACGUGUCGUACGAAGUUGCUAUGAACCUCACCACGUAUCUUACAGUGGAAGAAGACUACGUGCCUUGGGACACGGCUGACACGGAGUUUGUGAAGCUCGCUUCUAGACUCGAGAACUCUCUGGGUGGUGAGGGAUUGCGGAAAUAUGUCCAGCAUUUGAUAACUCCGCUGUACAAGAAGCAAUCCUGGGACCAAACUGAUAUUCCAGUCAUUCAAAAGUUGUUGCGAGUGAGAAUCCUGAGUCUGGCCGCUCGCUUCGAGUUGCCUCAAGCUCAGAGCAAAGUGAGGGAAUUGUUCCUGGCCUGGCUCGACUCUCGCGGGACCGCCGGCGCCAAGGAUAUAGAGCCUGAUCUGAGGUCCAUCGUGUACUUCUACGGCAUGAAGUCAGCCUCCCAGGCGGAAUGGGACAAGGUGUGGCAGUUGUUCCUGGAGGAGCGCGACCCGCAGGAGCAGCAGAAGCUGAGACACGCCCUGUCCGCGCCCGCCAACACCAACAUACUUAGGAAAUACCUAACCCUGGCCUGGGAUCAGAAUAACGUCCGUACUAGCGACUACCUGAUCGUAGUCCAGUACAUUGCCAAUAACCCCUCUGGAAGGGCCCUGAUAUGGGACGAGAUCCGGGCGAAAUGGCCCGAGUAUGUGAAACGGUUCUCGCUAAACUCCCGGUAUUUGGGCAACCUGAUACCCGGUAUUAGCUCCACCUUCGAUACUGAGGUUAAACUUCAGGAGAUGGAGUCAUUCUUCAGCCAGUACCCUGAGGCGGGCGCGGGCGAGGCGGCGCGGAGGCGUGCCCUAGAGACGCUCCGAGGCAACAUCAGGUGGCGGGAAACACACGAGCCCACCGUCACACAGUGGCUCAACGACUACUUGACUAAUCUGUAAUUUACGAGAGAUUGUGUGUGGCUGAAAUGGUUGUGUGUCCAGUCGUUUAGCAGAAUAAAAAAAAAAUGAAUUGUGUGGAAUGUGCAUGUGUUGUUCUGUGAAUGAACGGACAAAAUUUAGAUUGUUAGCCCUGUGAAAUUCUCGAGAUUCUGGUAAAAAGCGCGCAGAUGAAGAAAUCAUUGCAAAAUGGCGGCCUUUACAUUAAGUAAGUAAUUUGAAAGACUUAUAUGAACAGGGCGAGAUAUCAUUGGUCCCUUACCCAUUUUUAUACAGCAGCGUCUUAAUUAAUAUACUUUUUCUAAUAAUAUUGUUUAUAAAUACAACACUGUUUUUUAUUUAUAUUAAUGAAAUAAUUUGUACAAAAUGUCAAUCGGUUUUGUCGGCUAAGUACAUAAAUUAAUUAUAUCGUUAUGUUUGAAUUUUAAUAAAUCCUAAUUAUGUGAGUA